AUGAACAAUAGUUCUGCUCCACCACAAUUUAUUCUUAAUGGACAGAACUAUCACCGUAUUGGCAGUUUAUUGCCAGAACAUGGAUCAAAGCCAAAGUUUGCACAGCUGUACAUAUAUGAUACCGAAAAUGAAAUGAGUAACAGAGUGAAGCAUUUCAGGUCAAACACCAAGGAAUCUGUUAUAGAUGAAUCAUUGGUUGCUGAUUUGAUUCAAAUGAUUGACAAUCACAAUGUUCUUGCGAAAUCUUUUAGAAGAGUAAGAGAUUUGUCACUGGAACAUAUGGAAUUAGAUUUCACGCUAAGACUAUUUAGAGGCAGAAACAAAGACCCUAGAGUCUACAACACACCUUCAUGUGAUGAAAUAGUUGCCCUAAUAGUUGCUUUCAUUCCACUGCAAUAUCCUCUCAUGUUUCCAUAUGGAGAAGAUGGUUAUCAAGAGGAUAUCCCAAUAAGAGAAUCUCAUUCAAGAACUAAAUCCAGGGUAAGAAUUAGAAUUUCUUUGCGAAAAUUUAUUGCAUUUAGAAUACAACAAAGAUCUGUAGAAGCAGGAAAUAUUGUGAAUGCAUGCAGAUUGUUCCAACAAUUUCUGGUUGAUUGCUAUACAAUGGUUGAAGCACAAAGGUUGUCUUUCAUCAUAGCUAAUCAGAAGUUAAUUCGCUGUGAUAUUCUUAAUGGAUUACAAGAGGCUGUUAAUAGAGGAGAGACAGAUCCUUCUUUAAUUGGAAGACGUAUUAUCUUGCCUGCUUCAUUCACAGGUGGUACCAGAUACAUGUUCAACAAUUGUCAAGAUGCUAUGACAGUUUGUAAAAAAUUUGGAUAUCCUGAUUUGUUCAUUACUAUAACAUGCAAUGUGAAUUGGAGUGAAAUAAGAGAAUUUGUCUUAGCGAAAGGGUUAUCAGCUUCAGAUAGACCCGAUAUUGUAUAUGGAGAAAGCAAAUUGAAGAAUUCAACUGAUAUUGAUAAAGUAAUAUCAACUGAAUUGCCCAAUGCGAAUUUGUACCCCAAAUUGGAAAAAGUUGUCUCAAGUUACAUGAUUCAUGGACCAUGCGGACCUGCAAGAUAUAAUUCACCUUGCAUGAAGGAAGGAAGAUGUUCUAAAUUUUAUCCUAAAAAAUUCACAUCUUCGACUUCAAUUGAUGAAGAAGGAUAUCCAUGCUAUAGAAGACUUGAUAAUGGUAGAUUUGUUGAGAAGAAUGGAAUUAAGCUGGACAAUAGAAGUGUUGUUCCUUACAAUCCACCACUUCUAAUGAGGUAUCUAUCACCAUGUGAAGCCGCUUGGAGAAUAUUUGCUUUUGACAUCCAUCACAGAUGGCCUCCUGUUCAGCGAUUGACAUUUCAUCUUCCUGGCCAACAAUCAGCUUUGUUUAAAGAUGAUGAUGAUAUUAAUGUGGUCUUCAACAGAUACGAAAAUGCUAACACAAUGUUUCUAGCUUAG